AUGUUUAACAGGACAGUUUUGGUUGACAUAGCUUAGAAACGAGCAUGAAGUGGAAGGAGCAUCUUUGACCCACGUUGUGUUCCACUGAUCCACAGGGACACACAAUUGAGGUCCAUUCAUUAUUGAACAGUGGAUUGAACAUGGACUUCUUUUCUCUGUUGGUGUAUCUACUUUUCUAUUGUAUUCAUGUUGGGGCACAGUUGAAGCUGUUUCCUGAAAAACUAACUAUCCUUCGAGGAGAGGAGGCCCGGCUUACAUGCAGCACCUCCAACACCAGAUGGACUGUUAUGAUUUGGCUUCUAAAUGGUGCAGCUGUUCUCACCAUUUCCAAGAAGAAUGGUGUUCUGCCCUCCAUCAACUCUAAUGUGACAGCAGAGAAAAGCCUUGUCUCUACGGGAGACAGCUGGGUGUUAAUCCUGAAACACACAGAGAGGUACAAUCAGGGACAAGUGACUUGUGACCUUCAGGACAUUGAUAGGAAAACAGCAAGCUUGUUUGUACAAGAAAAGGGCAGUGUGAAAGUCUCUGGGGAUAAGUUGGCUUUUAUGGGACAGUUGGCCUUGUUUGAAUGCCAUGCUGAAGGAUGGUACCCUCAACCUACUUUACAAUGGUGGGUGAAUGACAAAAAGGUGAGCCAGGCCGAAUACAACAUUAGUAGUGAAGAGUCAGGAAGGAGCCUCUUUACAGUGAACAGCAACCUCAGCGUGACUGCAGCAAAGAGCUCUUAUGUGGAUUGUCUGGCCUCAGUGUCGGCCCUGCCCACACCACUAAGGAGCAGAAUACGUCUAACAGUGGUUGCCGAGGUGGUGGAAGAAGGAGAUGACUGCAGUGUCCCGCUGGCGGUGACAGCCUCCCUCUCUGCUUUUCUGCUGCUUCUCCUGCUCUGCAUCUGCAUUGUCCUCUGGUUCAGACAAAGGAGACAAGCAAAACCAUGCCAACAGGAGGGAAUAAGGUUUGACCAAUCAGGGAACAAGAGAGGCUUUGUUGCUGAGGUGACUGGGGGCAAGGACAACCUGGGCUUCUCGAGUGAGGGCCCCACAGGUGCAGAGCACACUAAGAUCACCAUGGAAACUCAUAGCAACAUGAAUGUUAAUAGCUUACACAAGGUCCCUGAUGUUGUGUCCUCAAGCACCUUGGCCCUGCACACUGAUAGCCAAGCCCAGGUGUGUCUAUCAGAAGAAAGCUCAACGAAUGUCAGGAGGCUAACCACAGUUUAAUUACAUUUGUUGAGACUGUAUUCAUAUAAAAUAGAUGUUAACCAUGUAAAGUGCCACACAGUACAGUUCUUAUAGGUAAACUACUCAUAAUGUGUGCACUGUGUAUUGGAUUUUUUAAAGCUUGAAGCAUACUAUAUGUCAAGUUAGACUGAAUGUGUUUGUACAACAAUACAAAAACAUGAAAAAAAUGUAUUUUUUGUUCUUGGCAUUUUGAAGAUUGUCAAAGGGCUGUAGAGGGAAGGAAAAUGCAGAUCGUUGAAAGUCAGGAUUCAUGUCAGUGCAGGUGCAGAUAGAGAUUAACAUUCAUGGAACAGAAGAUCUCUAGAAAAUGUAAAAAAAAACAAAAAACAAUAGUACACAUUUUAAACAACCACAGUUUGAGUAGGAAUGGACUAGUUAAGACUCGGAGGGGCAAAAGCAUGAGAAAAUCACAAAAUGCAAGUGAGGAGGUGGGCAGGUGACUAAAAAGGAGAUGGGAUAAGAGAGAACAGGUGAAAAUGAGAAUGUAGCAGCCAAGAAAGUCUGAGGGCAACAGGUGGAUAGAAUGAACACGCACGUGAAGGCGCCUGUGGAAUUAGAAAUUUGGAUGUAGAGUUGGGAGAAAGACACACUGCCCGUAAGUUCCACUCUGCAGCCAUCACCAUGAAAGCUGCCUUGGUGAGAUUCCUGCACUGAUGUGGAAUCUGCAAAGGCAGCAUGCAGCUGCAGAGCUGGAAUUGUAAUUUUUUGUUGUUGAUAUUCAUGAAAAUUGGAUCAAUAAAAAAAAAAGUAUUAUUUUUUUUUUCUGACACACUACUCAAAAAUGCAGUGUGAACAAGUCAUAACCACUGGGGUCCUGUUUUUGCAGCUUUGGGUUCAAUUUUUAAUGGUUGGGAUAUUAUCAGAAAAGUUCAUGGCUGACAUCUGUGAUGCAGCUAGAUCAUUUAUAAAAAAGCAGGGCAUAAAAGAUAACGAGAUGUCAA